AUGGCAGCAGCAAACAUUAGAGCACAAUGUUCUGUUUGUAAUAAAGGAAAUACGACAUAUAUUUGUCGUGGAUGUUCAAAAGACUUUUGUUUUCAACAUUUAACAGAACAUCGACAGAUUCUUGACAGACAGUUAGAUGAAAUUGUUAAUGAUCACGAUCAAUUUCAACAAACAAUCAUUGAACAAAAACAAAAUCCACACAAUUCUUCUUUAAUUCAACAAAUCAAUGAAUGGGAAACAAAUUCAAUUGAGAAAAUUCAACUAACAGCACAACAAUGUCGAGAAACAGUGAUAAAAUUGACACAAAAGUCGAUCAAUGAUAUUGAAAGAAAGUUUAGUGAAUUAUCUCAAAAAUUAAAGGGAAUUCGUCAAGAAAAUGAAUUUAAUGAAAUUGAUUUAAAUCAUUUUCAACUAAAAUUAACACAAAUUACAAAAGAAUUUCUUCAACCAUCAAAUAUUUCUAUUCGACAAGAUUCACAAGAAUUUAUCAAGAAAAUUUCAGUCAUUUCGUCAUUCGAACAAAUUCAAACAAAAAAACAUAAAUUCCAACAAUCUGCAAUUACUGUUGCUGGAGGAAAUGGAGAUGGACAGGAAUUAAAUCAACUCCACAAUCCCUGUGGGAUGUUUAUUGAUAAUGAUAAAUCCAUUUAUAUUGCUGAUUUUGGAAAUCAUCGUAUUGUUAAAUGGAGAUUAAAUUCAAACACUGGCCAAAUCAUUGCAGGCGGAAAUGGUAGGGGAAACCAAAAUAAUCAAUUGUAUUCUCCAGCAGAUAUAAUUGUUGAUAAAAAUAAUAAUUCUUUUAUUAUUUCUGAUUAUGGGAACAAACGAGUAAUUCGAUAUUUUGAUCAAAAUCAAACAAAUCAACAAAUUCUUAUUUCAAACAUUGGUUGUUGGGGUCUGACACUUGAUAAAAAUGGAUUUCUUUAUGUUUCUGAUUAUGAGAAUAAUGAAGUACGACGAUGGAAGCAAGGAGAUAAAAAAGGUGAAUUAGUUGCAGGUGGGAAUGGUAAAGGAAAUCAUCUUAAUCAACUCGACAAUCCCACUUAUAUCUUUAUUGAUGAUGAUUAUUCUCUUUAUAUAUCAGAUUCUUCGAAUCAUCGUGUAAUGAAAUGGAAAAAAGAUGCAAAAGAAGGAAUUAUCGUUGCUGGUGGAAAUGGUGAUGGCAAUAGUCUCAAACAAUUGCAUAGUCCUCGAGGAGUGAUUGUUGAUCAUUUGGGCCAAAUCUAUGUGGCAGAUUCUCGGAAUCAUCGAAUAAUGCGUUGGUGUGAAGGAGAUAAGGAAGGUGAAAUUGUUGUUGGAGGAAAUGAUGAAGGAAAUCAAUCAAAUCAAUUGAGUUGUCCCUGUGGUUUAUCAUUUGAUAAUGAAGGAAAUCUUUAUGUUGCUGAUCGUAAAAAUCAUCGAAUCCAAAAAUAUGAAAAGAUUUUAAGUUAA